AGUUCGUGCGCCAAUACACUAUCUGAGUAAGGAUAAAAAAAGAAGUGUGCGAAGGAUUUUGAAGAGUAGUGAAUAUAUUUCCGAUUGCGAAACCCUAAAUCCCCAAAUGUCCUUCGCCGAGGAGUUUGAAGCUAAUCUUGUGUCGCUUGCCCAUGUUUUGCAGAAGAAAUAUGCACUCCUGAGUGAUUUGGACAAAAGUUUGCAAGAGAAUCAAAGACAAAACGAACAACGGUGUGAAAAGGAGAUAGAGGAUAUAAGAAGAGGCAGAACAGGAAAUGUCACGCCCAAUACUUCUCUUACACAUUUCUCAGAGGAAGCAAUUGAUGAACAGAAGCACAGCGUCAGGAUUGCUGAUGAGAAAGUCGCGUUGGCUAUGCAGGCAUAUGAUCUGGUGGAUAUGCAUGUUCAGCAACUUGACCAGUACAUGAAAAAAUCCGAUGAGGAGAUGCGCAGAGAGAAAGAAAACGCUGCUGCAUCAAACCUCGAGAGCGGCGGGGAAGCUGGGAAGACCGGUGAAGGUAGAAGAGGAGGGCGAAAGAACUACGGAGAGAUGAUUGCCUGCGAUAACAAUGAGUGCAAGAUUGAGUGGUUCCAUUUUGGCUGUGUGGGUCUGAAGGAACAACCCAAGGGGAAAUGGUACUGUUCGGAUUGUGCUACAGUCAAGAAGAGCAGGAAAGGCCGAUGAUUUGGAUCUAAAAGAAAACUCUGUGUUUCGUUAAAACCUCUGUAGUUUUCUUUCUUAUGUGGGGUGUGAUUGGUCCAUAUGACUCAUGUGUGUUCUUUCUCGCUUAGGUAGAGUGAUAUGACAGAAUCACUGCGUUUAGAGACCCAAAAGGCUUAAUUGCUAUUUGAUAAGUGUGGUUUAGAGCCCCCAAAAGGUUUUGUGUGGUUAAUCUCCAUCGAGAGUUUAGUUCCUAGACUUCACUUCAGGUCAAAUGUAAGAGGGAGAAGGAUUGUUUCAAGACAAAGAAAUCUUGCACAUCAUACAUCUGGUUGUGUAAUGAACAGUUUUGAGUUAACUCCAAGAAGCG